AUGGAGAAUGCUUGUGCAGUUAAACUUGAAGCUUCAUCUGUUAGCUUUUGCACCAUGCACCGUGAUGAACCUCAGCAUCAACUCUUGGUUUUGGUUAAUCCUCAGGACACAAAGACAGUUGUGGCUGUCUACAUCAAGGGGGUUUGGUGGCCCACCGAAGAUGUGCUAAAGACCUCUGAUCCUGCAAGGGAAGGUCUGAUAAAGGUUCGGACAUUUGGGGAAAGGAUUGUGCUUUUCAUGUUAAAUGUCGUUAUUUUUGGAAGAGUGGAGAGAAAUCUGGAUGCUGAUGACAUGUUCUUUUUACCUCACUCUGUGAUGGAGCAAGCUAAAAUUUUGUGGAGAAAUGGAGCAGCUGUUGGAUUUUAUACAAUGAAAAUGAAAGGUAGCCUCUGUGGUGAUGGCAGUGGGAUCUGCUACAUGCUACCCAUCUUGGAUACCGCAUUUAUCCGGAGACAGCAUCGCCGCCAGGGCCUGGCCAUGGCCCUGCUGCAGGACUUCUGCAAGACAUUCCAAGAAGAUGAGGCACUGGGUAUCAGCUGCCCCAUUUCUGCAGCCAUGCUCCAAGUUUGUAGGAAGUUCUUGCUGAUCCAUCCGGAGGAGCGAGGCCGCCUAUGGGAGGUGGAACCCCCGGGGGCAUGGGGCCAGCGGGUCAACAUAUGGCUCAAAGUUCAGCUGCAGCAGAGCCACCUUCUGGAAAGUGAGUAG